UGCUAAAUAAAUUAGCUUGCGUCUUAGGGGCCAAAAACAAAGCCAUCUUGAAUAAUUCCCUUUGGCCUUUUCGAUUUGUUCAUCUAGAAUACUGGAAAAUACCUCCUUUCAUAGAAUGCUUACGUAAACAGAGUUCACGAAGGCGCAGAUUGAAGUUUAAAUUUGAGGAAUUGACGCGGACAGCCAAAUAUUUCGUCCCGUGAGCUUCACAUUCGGAGAAGAAGAUGGAUUUGACUCCUCKGAGCGUCAAUCAUAUCCGAGCCCGUCACUUCAAGAAAAGAAACAAAUAAGAGMCUGGAAUGAGUCUUAAUCGCCAAGAUCUCAGUUCAGCAACUGAAGAGGUGCAUUCUGAAGAAUUCAAAAUGGAGAGCAGUAGUGGAUUGCAAUUAGAUGAAAAAUCUCCUACAUUAUCGUCAACAGAUAAUUUAAACCAUAACUUCAAUAAUGAGAGGUUUUCUGAAACAUCAGAAAUUCCCCUGGAUCGUGUGCGGUAUAUGUGUGCACACCAUGGACCAAAGAUAGUGUCAUUUACUGACAUUGAGUCUUCAGCAACAGCAGAGACAAGUUGYACUUCGCCUUUACUUGUUGCAGAAAAUACAUGUAGUCAAACCAAGAAAGAAUCAGGCGAUGACGCCUGUCUUCAACGAGAGCUGUCAUCUAUGUCGUCAGAKUCAUCAACAAGUUUUAACAGGCUAAAUGAUAGUUCUGGUAUUAUGUGUAGGAUAUGUCAUUGUGACGAGGAAGAGGAAAAACUCAUGAUUACAUGUAAAUGCAUGGGCACCGUAAAGUAUGCUCAUCAAAAUUGUGUUUUGAAUUGGAUUUCUAAAUCUGGGAAUCAGUAUUGUGAACUCUGUAAAUACAAGUUUAAAACCAGAAGAAAGAAAGUGAAGUCUCUUUGGAAAUGGAAAUUUCCAAGCGUUAGUACAAAAGGAUGGCUCCAUAUUGGGCUAUUUAUAGCAUUCGUUACCAUGCUUCUCACGUCCAUUACAUGGAUUGUUUGGUCACGUGUUAGCUCAACGCCAACGGCAGUGGCGGAACGCACGACCGACGAAGUGAAAUUUGCUUAUAUGUUGAACGGAUUGUUCAUCGCUCUGGCUGUAGGUGGUUUGUAUUUCGAUAGCUAUCGCCAUGUCAAACGAUAUUUUCAAAGAUGGUCCGUGUUAAAUCGGCAUAUGAUUAUAGAGCCUUAUGUAAAACCUAGCACUCUCCAAGGGACUGAACAAAGUGUGCAAGGUAAUGCACGACCGACGUCAUCUUCAAGUAUAGCCGUCGAAAUAACUGAGAGUGAAGAAUGCGAAGGUGGUCCUGGCGCUGAAAAGAAAGUGUCCAAAAAGAGCAAAGGAACAUGGGUAUGAAAGCUGUUAUCGGCCAAUCAUACAACGUGUCAUUCAUUAGAUACUAUCUAUAUGUCAUUAUAUAUAGUUAAUUUAUUGUUUUCUAUUGAAAACAACGUUGAGUUUUGGUAAACCUGUUCCCAGAUUAUGGGAAUUAACCAGUUUYGCUAUAAUACGGAUCAUUGAUGCCAAAUUAUGGCUUCGGUGUUUUGAAGAUCUCUACAUUGGUAAAGUGCUCGUCUGUCUAGGUUUUAUACCAUAUUUUCUAUCCAAUUAUUUUGCUCAAAAAAUGGUCAUGUGACAACUUCAGAUUUCGUUAAUUGAGUGAGUCGCUAGAUAUUCGAGCUCACCACAUAUACCUAUUUCAGAAAAGGUUGUGGGAUAAAAUGUCAAUGUCGAACGGCG